AUGGUACCUAUGCAGAUUGAAAGUCAUGAGUUGUCCUCACCUAUUAGUCCUCAUCAAAAUGGUGUAGUUGCAAGGGAGAAACAGAAUUGUGUAUCAUUAUCCACUGUAGAAGCUAAGUAUCUAGCAUCUGGUAGCAGGGAAGAUCCUGUGGCUGACUCUGCGAAUACCUCACAUGCAAGAAGACCUAAAGAAACUGUCUCAGGCUUCUCCUCAGCAAUCGCGAUUGAUGAACAAACCAGAGAAGGCUCCAGGUAUGUUCACAAUGCCAUUGCAACUAUGGUGACUGGAAUACUGUCUGGUAAUCAUAAGGUUCUUGGGGUCUCCAUUCCCUUAAACACCAUUGUACCUGAUAAUGUUGCUUGUCAAGAAAAUACAGUCUCCUUAGGAAAGAAUGUAUCUAAUGAUGUUGAGCAAACUGAUGCUCAUGAAGGGUCAAAUAUUGACAAACCCUUAGAUAAUGUGGGUGGUGAGGAAGUCUGUGUCACUCAUGAUGUCAGUGACAACCCUAACUGUGAAGCUGAAAUAGUAGACCUGGAGGAAUUUUCUGAUAAUGAGUGGAAAUAUGUUUAUCAGAAGAGGCUGACCUUGGAAAGGGAAUUGGCUCAGAAUGUCCUGGAAUGUAAGGAGAUUGUAGACCUUAUUCAAGAGGCAGGGUUAAUAAAGACUGUGACUCAGUUCUCAAAGUGCUAUGAGAUAUUAGUAAAGGAAUUUAUUGUCAAUGUGUCUAAAGAAUGUGCUGAUGGAAAGUCUAGGGAACUCACAAAAGUAUAUGUGUGA